AGAUUGUGUUGAAACUGAUUUUGGUGGAUUUGGAGAACUUGUGAACCCUAUUCAAUGGCCUCAGCUUCGAAAAAGACGACGGCAUGUCCUCACCACGGUGGCUCUGUUUCGCCUCCGAAACUCGUCUCCGCUGCUCCCGAUACGGUUGCUGUAUGGUCCGACGGUGACGAUCAGCGAGCCUCUAAAGUUGCUUUGGAAUCCGUUAUCCGCCCUGUCGAUUCGCUUCCUGAUACCGCCAAGAAACCUGCCAACAAAGGGAUUUCUGUGAUGCCAAGGACUGAAACCAAGCAUCCAUUGGAUCCUCUAUCUGCUGCAGAAAUAUCAGUUGCCGUUUCAACUGUUCGCGCGGCUGGUGCCAACCCUGAGGUUAGGGAUGGCAUGCGUUUCAUUGAGGUGGCAUCAGUGGAACCAGAUAAACAAGUUGUGGCGCUGGCUGAUGCUUACUUUUUCCCACCGUUCCAGCCAUCACUACUUCCAAGAACUAAAUCUGGACCUGUGAUUCCGAUGAAGCUCCCUCCAAGGCGAGCAAGACUUGUUGUUUACAACCAAAAGUCCAAUGAGACAAGUGUAUGGAUUGUAGAGUUAUCUGAAGUUCAUGCUGUCACUCGGGGUGGCCAUCACAGGGGAAAAGUUGUUUCCUCACAAGUUAUACCUGAUGUUCAGCCACCCAUGGAUGCGGCUGAAUAUGCUGAAUGUGAAGCGAUUGUCAAAGACUUCCCACCAUUCAUAGAGGCAAUGAAGAGGAGAGGUAUUGAAGACAUGGAUCUAGUGAUGGUUGAUCCCUGGUGUGUGGGUUAUCAUAGUGAGGCUGACGCUCCUAGUCGUAGGCUUGCAAAGCCCCUUAUAUACUGUCGGACUGAUAGUGAUUCCCCUAUGGAAAAUGGCUAUGCUCGUCCAGUUGAGGGAAUUUAUGUACUUGUAGACAUGCAAAACAUGGUGGUGAUUGAGUUUGAAGACCGUAAGUUUGUGCCACUCCCCCCACCUGACCCAUUGAGGAAUUAUACCCCAGGUGAAAGUAGAGGGGGUGUUGAUAGAAGUGAUGUUAAGCCUCUCCAGAUUAUUCAGCCUGAAGGUCCAAGUUUUCGUGUAAGGGGUUACUUUGUCGAGUGGCAGAAGUGGAACUUUCGUAUUGGGUUCACUCCAAGAGAAGGUUUAGUCAUACAUUCGGUAGCAUAUGUUGAUGGCAGUCGAGGUCGAAGGCCUGUUGCACACAGGCUAAGUUUUGUGGAGAUGGUUGUGCCUUAUGGCGAUCCAAAUGAGCCACAUUACAGGAAAAAUGCUUUUGAUGCAGGGGAGGAUGGUCUCGGGAAAAACGCACAUUCGCUUAAGAAGGGGUGUGACUGUCUGGGAUCUAUCAAGUACUUCGAUGCCCAUUUCACAAAUUUCACUGGAGGAGUUGAAACGAUUGAGAACUGUGUUUGCUUGCAUGAAGAAGAUCAUGGGAUUUUGUGGAAACAUCAGGACUGGAGAACAGGAUUAGCCGAAGUGCGAAGAUCUAGGAGGCUAACUGUCUCUUUUCUAUGUACUGUUGCUAACUACGAGUAUGGGUUUUACUGGCACUUCUACCAGGAUGGGAAAAUCGAAGCUGAAGUAAAACUUACUGGUAUCCUCAGUUUAGGAGCUCUGCAGCCAGGUGAAACUCGAAAGUAUGGUACUACUAUUGCUCCUGGGUUGUAUGCACCAGUCCAUCAACAUUUCUUUAUCGCUCGCAUGGAUAUGUCUGUUGACUGUAAACCUGGUGAAGCUUUUAAUCAGGUAGUUGAGGUAAAUGUUAGAGUUGACGAGCCUGGUGAGAACAAUGUCCACAACAAUGCGUUUUAUGCGGAAGAGAAGUUACUUAGAUCUGAGGCAGAGGCGAUGCGUGACUGUGACCCUCUUUCUGCUCGCCAUUGGAUUGUAAGGAACACAAGGACUGUAAACAGGACGGGCCAAUUAACGGGAUACAAACUUGUUCCGGGUUCAAAUUGUUUGCCAUUAGCUCGACCAGAGGCUAAGUUUCUAAGAAGAGCCGCUUUCCUGAAGCAUAAUCUCUGGGUUACCCGUUACGCCCCAGACGAGAAGUUUCCUGGAGGAGAAUUCCCAAACCAAAACCCACGUGCUGGUGAAGGUCUUGCCACAUGGGUGAAACAGAAGCGCUCCUUGGAAGAAUCUGACGUCGUUCUUUGGUACGUGUUUGGGAUCACACAUGUUCCUAGACUUGAAGAUUGGCCGGUUAUGCCCGUCGAACAUAUUGGUUUCACACUAAUGCCACAUGGAUUUUUCAACUGCUCACCGGCCGUAGAUGUGCCACCGAAUCCAUGCGAAUUGGAGACUAAGGACAGUGAAGUCAAGGAGGUUGUCGCACCAAAGCCUCUUCAGACUGGUUUACUUUCAAAGCUUUGAAGAAUAUCAUCUGUUUUCUUCCUCUGAUCUCUUAAGAAAUUGGAGACAUUUCUGUUGUUUCAGAUUUAAAUCUUUUAGUGUUCGGUGUGCGAUUGCAAGACUAAAGACCUUUGUCAUAG